CGUAAACUUUCUACGCUUACUAUUUUUGUUUUAAAUUCGGUUCAUCUUCAUCUCGGGUCUAUUUGAUUGAAAAUUCCCUCCUUUUUUCCUAUACAAAAAUAUGAAAUCCUCCUCCGUAUAUACUCCCUCUGUUCUUUUUGCUUUACUGGCGAUCUUCUUCAAUGGCCACACAGCUGCCCAGAUCUGUUCUCCGACCGCCGGAAACUUCACGGCCAACGGCACCUACGCCGGGAACCGAGCUCGCCUCUUCUCCUCCUUCUCCUCCAACCUCUCCUCAACCUACGGCUUCUUCAUGAACACCACAGUCGGCCAUGGCGCCGACAGGAUUUACGGAAUCGCCCUCUGCAGGGCCGAUUCGCCCCGCGAAACCUGCAACGAAUGCAUCAAUUCUGGAAUUAAAGAGCUCGCGGCCAGUUGCCCCAACCAAAUCGAAGCAAUCAAUUGGGCGUGGGUGAGCCCCUUCUCGUGCUUCGUUAGGUAUUCGAACCGUUCCCUUUCCGGGAAAUCGGAGCUUUCUCCGAGUGAAGAGUUCGCAAAUUCCGGCGUAUUCACGUCUGAUGAGACGGAUCGGAUUAAACCGUUAUGGGAGAAUCACAUCUCGAGCUUGAUCGCCGCGGCCUCCAUGGGGACGAAGAUCAAGUACGCUUCUGGAGAGAGGAAUUUCAGUGGUUUGAUGAAGAUAUACGCCUUGGUUCAAUGCACUCCAGAUCUAUCUCGACGCGAUUGCGAGAGUUGUUUGAUACAAACCGUGAUCGCGUUUCAGAGCUGUUGCGGUAAAAACCAUGGAGGAUCUUCUUAUACUCCCAGCUGUAUUUUCCGUUGGGAUCUGUAUCCGUUUUAUAAUAAUAAUAGUUUCUUCACCGGAUCCUCUCCGCCUCCGGCGAAUCUACCUUUUCAUCCACCGGCCAAUGCAGAGACUACUACCGGAAAUGGGAGGAGGAUAAGUUCUCGGACGGUUGCGAUUAUAUCGGCACCUAUCGCAGUUGCUUUCUCGGGGGUGCUCGUUGCUGUCGUCAUUUUCCGGCGGAUGACGAAAAGGUCGGGAUUCCAUGGCCGGUUGGUUGCGGAGGAAAGAGGCAACAGAGAGUGCAUGCAAUUCAAGCUCGCCACCGUCAGAAUCGCCACUAACAACUUCUCCGAUCUCAGCAAGCUCGGGCAAGGUGGAUUUGGUUCCGUUUACAAGGGUGUGCUCUCAGAUGGCCAGGCCAUAGCUGUGAAGAGAUUAUCCACAAAUUCGCAACAAGGAGAAGUUGAAUUCAAGAAUGAGGUGAUUUGUGUUGCAAGGCUACAACACAGGAAUUUGGUCAGACUCCUUGGCUUUUGUGUGCAAGGAACUGAAAGGCUUCUCAUUUAUGAGUUCUUGCCCGAAUCAAGUCUCGACCACUUGGUAUUUGAUGCAAGCAAGCGUGGAAGGUUGGAUUGGGAGACGCGCCGGAAGAUCAUUGUAGGAAUAGCACGAGGGCUUCUUUACCUUCACCAGGAUUCUCAGUUUCGGAUCGUUCACCGCGAUCUCAAGGCCAGUAAUGUUCUAUUGGAUGAGGAUAUGAAUCCUAAAAUCUCAGAUUUCGGAAUGGCAAAGUUGUUCGAAUCAAACGACCAAACAAGAGACACCACUAGCAGGAUCGUUGGCACCUAUGGCUAUAUGGCACCGGAAUAUGCAAUCCACGGUCGAUUCUCAACCAAAUCAGACGUUUACAGCUUUGGUGUGCUGUUGCUCGAAAUAAUCACAGGUGAAACAAUUAGGAUUUUCCGUGGAGGCGAAGACGAACAAGAUCUUGUUAAUUAUGUAAGCCCAGCUAGCUAAUAACCUACCUGCUGAAUUAUUUUAGAGCCCAUAUUGGAUGAGCACAGAAGAAAUCUAAAUAUGGCUU